AUGGAGCAUCAGGUGCAGCACGAACAAGACGACGACGUUUACGGCGGCGAUGUGCCUGAAGAAGCUUACAUGGAGUCCGAUAUUGACCCUUCUGCAGACCCGGAAGCCGCCGCUGACUCCAAAGCUAAGGAGUUGGAGAGUAUGAAAAAAAGAUUGCAGGAGAUUGAGGAAGAAGCAGGCGCACUUCGAGAAAUGCAGGCUAAGGUUGAAAAAGAGAUGGGUGCGACUCAAGAUUCAACUGGUGCCUCUGCAUCCCAGGCUGAAAAGGAGGAGGUGGACUCUCGAUCCAUAUAUGUCGGUAAUGUGGAUUAUGCAUGCACGCCUGAGGAGGUGCAGCAGCAUUUUCAGUCUUGUGGUACAGUAAACAGGGUCACUAUUUUGACAGACAAGUAUGGUCAACCCAAAGGUUUUGCUUACGUAGAGUUUGUGGAAGUUGAGGCUGUUCAAAAUGCUCUACUGCUAAAUGAAUCGGAGUUGCAUGGUCGUCAACUGAAGGUGUCUGCGAAGAGAACUAAUAUUCCUGGAAUGAAACAAUACCGAGGAAGACGCCCAAAUCCAUAUUUUGGAACAAGAAGGCCUUUCAUGCCUGGCCCUCCUGUCUACCCUCCUUUUGGUUAUGGGAGGGUUCCAAGGUUUAGACGCCCUAUGCGCUACAGGCCAUACUGAUGAAUCUUCCCCAGUUGGCAUGCUGUAACAUAGAGGGGGAUGAAUUGGCACAAUCAAUUUACCUUCAUCUGCAUCUUUCCCUUGAUAAUUAUUUAUUGUCGAGGCAUGCCAAAAGCCCAUAUUUAGUUUGAUAUUCCAAACUCGUUUUAUCUUUUCUUGUAACAUCUUGUGUUAUUAGCUGAAUGCAACUACAACUGCAUAUAUAUAGGCAACAAAAAGACCAGAAAAGCAAAUAGCUAGUUUUCCUUGUUGUCACUGUGUUCUUCAGAGUAUUGUUUUCACACUCCUAACCUCACAUCUAGAGUGUGUAAUGUUUGUAUCUGUGUAGUUGUUUGGUGCAGCAUCGUUGCCCUAAUCGGCCUGCUCCUCCCCCUCCCCCUCCCCCAGUCUAUACUUUUGAUUGUUCAAUUCAGAACUCAAUUUCAUGAUUACAAUUCUUGAA